AUGUCUGAAUACACUCUCUACACAUACUUCCGCUCCUCCUCCUCGGCCCGCCUCCGCAUAGCCCUCAACUACAAGCAGAUCCCCCACACUCUCCACCCCGUCAACCUCCUCAAGAACGAACACCUAUCCGACGCCCACCGCGCUCUCAACCCCUCCGCCACCGUGCCCCUACUCGUCCGCGAGCAACCGGACGCUCCCUCUUCCACGCCCCUCCGCAUAACCCAGUCCCUCGCCGCCCUCGAGUACCUCGACGAAGCCCACCCGUCGGCCCCCCACCUCCUGCCCCGCGACGACCCCGACAGCAGGGCCGCCGCCCGCGCCCUGGCCGGCAUCAUCGCUAGCGACACCCAGCCCGUGACGAACCUGCGCAUCGUGCGCCGCGUGCGCGCCCUGGGCGGCGAUGCCGAGGCAUGGAUGCGCGAGCUCAUGGCCGACGGGCUCGCCGCCUACGAAGCCGUCGCCGCCGCCUCGGCAGGGCGGUGCUCCGUCGGCGACGAGCUGAGUCUUGCCGACUGCUGCCUCAUGCCCGCCCUCUGGAAUGCCGAGAGGUACGGCGUCGAUCUGAGUCCGUACCCGACCAUCCUCCGGAUCAGGGCGUACCUUGAGACGCUGCCGGCCGUGGCCAAGGCUGGGUAUUACGUGCAGCCUGAUUGUCCGGCUGAUUUGAGGGUGGAACCAGCGGAACAGUGA